AUGGAAGACGUGUUGGAGGACCAUGGUGAAGCAAUUGAGGACUCCUCAACUAUGGAAAAUGGAAAUCAAACAUAUAUCGUGUCAACUCAUUACGAGGAGGAUGAGGAAACUCAGUCCACAAUCCUGAACGAUGAUGUGGAUGAAUAUAGGGAGAUUGGAGACGAUGACGAAACCACGAUCACUGACACAAGAGAAAACGAAUAUGACAGGAUACGAGUGGGUCUGCCAAAAAAGGAUGAGGAGAAUGUGGAAUAUGUGGAAAUGGAAGACGUGUUGGAGGACCAUGGUGAAGCAACAAAGGACUCCUCAACUAUGGAAGAUGGAAAUCAAACAUAUAUCGUGUCAACUCAUUACGAGGAGGAUGAGGAGGAGGAAACUCAGUCCACAAUCCUGGACGAUGAUGUGGAUGAAUAUAGGGAGAUUGGAGACGAUGGCGAAACCACGAUCACUGACACAACAGAAAACGAAUAUGACAGGAUACGAGAGGGUCUGCCGGAACGAGCAAUGGAUGAGGAGGAGGAAACUCAGUCCACAAUCCUGAACGAUGAUGUGGAUGAAUAUAGGGAGAUUGGAGACGAUGGCGAAACCACGAUCACUGACACAAGAGAAAACGAAUAUGACAGGAUACGAGAGGGACUGCCAAAAAAGGAUGAGGAUAAUGUGGAGGAUGUGGAAAUGGAAGACGUGUUGGAGGACCAUGCGAAAAAAUUUCUGAAGAUUGUGGAUGUCAAUAAUUUCUAUGAGGAUACAGAAGGUGACAUAGACAUAUGUCUCCUCGAGGAAAAAAAGGAUGAGGAGAAUGUGGAAAUGGAAGACGUGUUGGAGGACCAUGGUGAAGCAAUUGAGGACUCUUCAACUAUGGAAAAUGGAAAUCAAACAUAUAUCGUGUCAACUCAUUACGAGGAGGAUGAGGAAACUCAGUCCACAAUCCUGAACGAUGAUGUGGAUGAAUAUAGGGAGAUUGGAGACGAUGGCGAAACCACGAUCACUGACACAAGAGAAAACGAAUAUGACAGGAUACGAGAGGGUCUGCCAAAAAAGGAUGAGGAGAAUGUGGAGGAUGUGGAAAUGGAUGACGUGUUGGAGGACCAUGGUGAAGCAACAAAGGACUCCUCAACUAUGGAAGAUGGAAAUCAAACAUAUAUCGUGUCAACUCAUUACGAGGAGGAUGAGGAGGAGGAAACUCAGUCCACAAUCCUGGACGAUGAUGUGGAUGAAUAUAGGGAGAUUGGAGACGAUGGCGAAACCACGAUCACUGACACAACAGAAAACGAAUAUGACAGGAUACGAGAGGGUCUGCCGGAACGAGCAAUGAAAUUAUACAUGUUAAUACCUGUAAAUAGCUCUAAUUCAACACCUGUGCACAGCAACAUGGCAUCUCAAGAUAGUGAUGGCACUGUGAAAUACUGGCAAGGAUCAAGUCCAUGGUGA